UUUGUGUUUCAGACGCAGUUGAAGAAGAGUAAAUCGUUCCGUCGCUUUAAGAAACUUCAGGAGAGUCGUCCAGAGUUCAGAGGUCAGAGUCUGGAGGAGCUGCUGGAGCUUCCCCUCUCCAGGAUCCAGCUGUAUAAAAAGUUUCUGGAGGAUCUGACCUCAAACACCAACCCCCAACACCAGGACUAUCAACAGCUGACACGGGCGGUGGGGGCGCUGUCUGAGCUGAGCCACCACAUCCAGGAGAACGCCCGUCACCACGACAACCAGCUCCAACUGCAGCGAGUCCAGAAGCUCCUGACCGGAAAGACCCGAGUCCAGAAACCAGGGCGCUGGUUCGUGCGCGAGGGCUGGCUGCAGGUGGUGCCCCCUCGAGGCUCGGAGGCCAAGGCGCACAUGUUCUUCCUGUUCUCGGACGUGCUGCUGGAGACGCGGCCCUCCGGCGCCCUCUCCCUGUCGUCAGGGCAACGCUUCCACGUGCGCCGCGUCUUCCCGCUCGCAGACUGCGCCGUCGACAAGGUGUUCGGACACACGCGCGGCCAGGGAGGACUGCUCAGCUUGUCGUUCCCAAAGGCGAAGUUGUUGCUCAUGUCCAGUGAUCAGGACGACUUCAACGACUGGAACAGCUGCCUCACCUCCGCCGUCAGGAAGUUCCAGUCUAAGCCCACAGUGAUUCAUGAUAAAGUGUGUGUUGGUGUGUGUGAGAGCAGCGGCGCCCCCCACAGGAAGAGACCAGCGCUCAGAGAACAGGAGUGUGUCUCUGUGAGUCGUCCUGACACAGAGAGCAGCGCCGCCAAGAGGAGGAGACAAGAACCUGCAGCUCAGAGUGUGGACUCCUCCUCCUCCUCCUCCUGUGUCAUCCUCUGAUUGGACGGUUCUGGGUGUGGAGCGUCGUGAUUGGACGGUUCUGGGCGUGGAGCGUCGUGAUUGGACCAAAAAGUGCCUCCUCUUUUAUAAUCAUAUUUUACACAGAAAUAUUUUAUCUUAUAUUUUAAUUUUGUUUUCACAAACUAAAACUGAAUGUGCAAUAUUUACUCAACCAAAGAAAAGAGACUGAACCAGGACUAAACCAGGACUA